UCAAAAGAAAAACAAUUAACUUCGUCUUUUAAUUUAGCUCAUUUAAUUGGUAAUCAAUUUUUCUAUUGUGUUAACUGUUUAACUAUUGAUUUAUAUUGAUUAUCAACUAAUUAGUUUAUAGUUUACUUUCUGUGUGUGAGUGAAUAAUCUCAUCGACUCGGUUAAACUAUCCAACCAAAGAAAUGAGAAAACAUCAACCUUUUUUCAUCAUUGUUGUUGGUAAAAAUUGUCAUGAUUAAUGUUUUUAAUUACAAUUUAGACGUUUUUAUUUGUUCACAAUCAAAUUAAACAUUUAACUCUCAUCUUAGGAAAUUUAUAAAGGUGACAAGUAAAAAAGAAGGAGAAAUGUCAAUGGAUCAAGAGGAUAACGAUUGGAGUAUCACCUGUUCUGAUGAUGAGCUUUAUGAUGUAGCCAAUAAUCUAGUGAUACCUUUCAAUCAACCCGGUGGGAUAAAAGUAUGGGAACCAAGUGGUAAUAAGAUAUCGACCUUGUAUAAGCAACUAGAAAAAUGUGAUUACAUUGAACUGAAAUGGGUCUGUCCAGAAAAGAGAUCACCUUCAGAUGAUUCAAGAGAUUUGGUUGAUAUAAAUAAGAUGACCGAGUCAAAUGAAAAUAAGCCAAGUUCAGUGGAACCAAAUCAAUUUGAUUUCGACGAGGAACAACCAGAAAAAUAUAACAAUUUCCCUAAAUCAGGUCCUAAGCGACGGACAACACAAGGCCAAAGAAAAAUUACCAAAUUGGAUAAAGUGAUGAACGAUAUGAAAAAAUAUCAAACAAUCGACUCCCAAAAUCCAUCUUGAUGGUGCAUCUAAUUGUCGCUGAUUUCGUUGAUUGAACAUUAACAGUAUAAGUUAAUUUCCAAUGGAUUUUUGUUUUCUUUUUUCUAUCAACAGUUUUUCUUUACUCUUUUACUCCGACACCUUAAAAGUCACUGAUCUGAAGUCACUUGUUUUUAUUUACCUGAGUUUUUCUUUAUCUUUUUCUUUUUUCACAUUAAACUGGUUUCACCUCUUGGUUGGUUUAGAACAACAAAUGUUAAAACAACGCCCGCAGCCAGAAGAUCAACUGUAUUGCUGUUAAUUUUUUUCUCUUUUCCAAAUUAACAUUCAGUUAUAAUUAUCAGUUUUAUAAUAAGAGAAAGAGAGAGA